AUCUUUUUUAUCAUGAAUUGCCAGUGCUGAGUUCCUGGUAGGUGGUAAGAAGAAUUGCCCUUUCCCUGUCAUCCUGUACUGCGGGAAGCCUUUGUGGUUUAGAUUCACUGUUUCCCAUUGUUGCUAACUGCAGUUGUCUCCUCCCUCCUUCCCUUCCCUUUCCCUCCCCAUAACUCUAGCUCUUCACUUGUCCCUCCCCAUUCCUGUAUCACUUGCCCCACAGAAGUCCUUGGGGUUGUUAGAGGCCUUUUGCUGCCAGUUGAAUGUGUUGUCUGCUCUCUGGCACAGCUGGCUAUUCUAGUCACAUAGGAAAAGAAAAGAAACUUUCUGAAGUUCUGUAUGCAAUAGAAGAUGUUUGGGGCAUAUUAAAAAGCAGCAGCAGCAAAACCACCACAUAUUUUAAGGAACUUUCUUCAUUUUUGCGGAACCUAUGUCAGUUUUUUAGAACUGGAGUUUUUACUUCAGAGGAUGAUGGGACAAAUGAAGAGAAAGAGAGGAGUAUUGCAUUGGAUUCUUGUUUAUCCGUCUGCUUCUCCCUCCAGUUGGAAAAAUCUCCAGUCCACAAGAGGAUUAUAAACAAGUCUCAGGGACACAUCCUGCCCUGAUCCCUGGAUGCUGUUGGAGUUAAGGAGUACAGCCACUUCGUCAGGACUUUAUGGAGGAGGCAGUUCAAGAAAAAUAGAAGGAAGCAAUACUUAAGAAUUGCUCUAUUUGUGAUAGUCCUGUGUCAUGUUAAACCUAGGUACUGUUUGGAACAAGUGGAAGAUGGCUGUGUCAUGUGCAUCUAAGAGGAUACCUGACUUCCUUGAGCUACGUAUAUGAUGUUUAGAAAGUUGUAAACAAAAUCUUUCAACAUAAAUUCACUAAAUUCUGGAUUCUCUUUCUAUUAAGAACUUCAGCAAACAGAAUCCCCCUCCCUAAAAGGUAUAAAACCUCUGAGUUCCAACGCUAUUUGUGAACAAUAAUGUCUUGGAAGAAAAAUUAUUUUUCAGGGGGCCGUGGUAGUGUCCAAGGGAUGUUUGCACCUCGAAGCUCAACCUCCAUAGCCCCUAGCAAAGGCCUCAGCAAUGAGCCAGGGCAAAACAGCUGCUUUCUCAACAGUGCCCUGCAGGUUUUAUGGCACUUGGACAUCUUCCGACGUAGCUUUAGGCAGCUUACAACUCACAAGUGCAUGGGAGAUUCCUGCAUCUUUUGUGCUCUCAAGGGAAUCUUUAACCAGUUUCAGUGUAGUAGUGAGAAAGUGCUUCCAUCUGACACUCUCCGCAGUGCUCUGGCAAAGACUUUUCAGGAUGAACAGCGUUUCCAGCUGGGAAUUAUGGAUGAUGCUGCAGAGUGCUUUGAAAACCUCCUGAUGAGAAUUCACUUUCACAUUGCUGAUGAAACCAAAGAGGAUAUAUGUACUGCCCAACACUGCAUUUCCCACCAGAAAUUUGCAAUGACGUUGUUUGAGCAGUGUGUAUGUACUAGCUGUGGUGCCACUUCUGAUCCGCUGCCUUUCAUCCAGAUGGUGCAUUACAUCUCUACCACUUCUCUUUGCAAUCAGGCUAUCUGUAUGCUGGAAAGACGAGAAAAACCCUCACCAAGCAUGUUUGGUGAACUGCUGCAGAAUGCCAGCACUAUGGGGGAUCUGCGGAACUGUCCGAGCAACUGUGGAGAGAGGAUCCGGAUUCGUCGUGUAUUGAUGAAUGCCCCACAGAUUAUCACAAUUGGACUGGUAUGGGACUCAGACCACUCAGACUUGGCAGAAGAUGUCAUUCAUAGCCUGGGCACCUGCCUUAAACUGGGUGAUCUGUUUUUCAGAGUGACAGAUGACCGGGCCAAACAUUCUGAACUGUACUUAGUAGGAAUGAUCUGUUACUAUGGCAAACAUUAUUCUACAUUUUUUUUCCAAACGAAGAUCCGCAAAUGGAUGUAUUUUGAUGAUGCUCAUGUCAAGGAGAUUGGGCCCAAAUGGAAGGAUGUGGUGACCAAAUGCAUCAAGGGUCAUUAUCAGCCUUUGUUGCUGCUAUAUGCAGAUCCCCAAGGUACUCCAGUGUCCACACAGGACCUGCCACCCCAAGUUGAAUUCCAGUCAUUCAGUAGGACGUGCUAUGAUAGUGAAGAUUCAGGGAGGGAGCCCUCCAUCUCAAGUGAUACCCGAACAGAUUCCUCAGUGGAGAGCUAUCCCUACAAACACUCCCACCAUGAGUCUGUGGUCAGUCACUUCUCUUCUGAUUCUCAGGGGACAGUCAUCUAUAAUAUGGAGAAUGAUUCCAUGUCUCAGAGCAGUCAGGACACAGGACACCUUACUGAUAGUGAAUGUAAUCAGAAACUCACAUCCAAGAAAGGGUCACUGAUAGAGCGCAAGAGGAGCUCUGGCCGGGUUAGGAGGAAAGGCGAUGAGCCACAGACCUCAGGGUACCACAGUGAAGGGGAAACACUGAAAGAGAAGCAGGCUCCUAGGAAUGCCUCUAAACCAUCUAGCAGCACCAACAGGCUAAGGGAUUUUAAGGAGACAGUCAGCAAUAUUAUCCAUAACAGACCAUCCCUGACUUCUCAUACCAACCUAGGACCUCCAUGUGGGGGAAAGGGAGUAGACCUUACUGAUAAAAAACCUCCUAGGAACUUAACUUUACAUUCUCGUGACUGGGAAGUAGAGAGUACCAGCAGUGAGUCAAAAUCUAGCUCUUCUAGCAAGUACCGCCCAACAUGGAGACCCAAACGGGAAUCUCUGAACAUUGACAGUAUUUUUAAUAAGGACAAACGGAAGCACUGUGGCUACACCCAACUUAGCCCCUUUUCUGAGGAUUCAGCUAAAGAAUUUACACCAGAUGAACUAAGCAAGCCACCUGCUUACAACAUUAAAACUGGUGGACCAAGUCCUCAGUACAAGCCCUGGGGCUCAGCACGGCCAGGCUCUCACCUUUUAGAGCAGCACCCUCGCUUAAUCCAACGAAUGGAAUCUGGCUAUGAGAGCAGUGAGAGGAACAGCAGCAGUCCUGUCAGCCUGGAUGCAGCCCUGCCUGAGAGCGCCACUGUCUGCAGGGAUCCAAAUGCUAAGAGAUUAGCUGGGUUGGCCCCUUCUUGGCGCCACAUCCCAAAGUCUCACAGCAGUAGUAUUCUGGAGGCAGACUCCAUGGCAUCCAGGAGUAGCUGGAUAAAGAGUCAGCCCCUCUCAGGUGGGGAGAUACCAUCCAAAAGCGAACUGGAUGAAUUGCAGGAAGAAGUGGCCAGGAGGGCCCAGGAACAGGAGCUUCGAAGGAAACGGGAGAAGGAAUUAGAGGCAGCUAAAGGGUUUAACCCUCAUCCCAGUCGCUUCAUGGACUUGGAUGAACUGCAGAACCAGGUGCUGGCCCUUUCAGGGAGGAGUGACGGCUUUGAGAGGUCCCUCCAAGAGGCAGAUUCAGUGUUUGAAGAGUCACUGCAUCUGGAACAGAAAGGAGACUGUGCUGCAGCUUUGGCUCUCUGUAAUGAAGCUAUCUCUAAACUAAGACUUGCCCUGCAUGGUGCCAGCUCUAGCACGCACAGCAGAGCCCUAGUCGAUAAGAAGUUGCAAAUCAGUAUUCGAAAAGCACGGAGCCUGCAGGAUCGCAUGCAGCAGCAGCAAUCAUCACAGCAAUCGUCGCAGCCCUCAACUUGCCUCCCCUCACAGGGGGGAGCCCUUCCUCACCCAACAAGUGAACAACCUAUCCCGCUCCAAGUUUUGUUAAGCCGGGAUGCCCAACUGGAACCCUGCACGAAUACAGAGUUUGGAGCAAGUUCUUUCAUCCACUUACCUGCUUCCUGUCAUGAGUCGCAGUCAUCACUAUACUCAGAGUCAUCUGCCCUGUCUGUCCCGCAGCACAAUUCCCCCAGUAGGUCUUCCUCAAACCUGCUGACUUCAGUUGAGGUAGACAACAUUGACACCUCUGAGUUCCACAGGCAGGGCUUACCUAAAACACCAGGGAGAAUGGAGAAGAAUUGUCAUCAUGGUUGGGAACCCUUGGAAGGUAUGGUUCAAGGAUAUAGAGGUGACAGCAGCUGCUGCAGCAGGUUCCCCACUCAAGAAGAAAAAGGCGUUGCUCAGAAACAGCUAUUCCAAGAAAAGAGGGAAUCGGUGGAUUCAUAUCAGGUGAUGUCUUGGUCACACCUAACUGGAACAGUCACCUUUGAGAAAGGAGAUGUACAAAGCCUGACCUGUAGUCCUUCAAGUUCAUCAGCUCAGUCCAGCUCUCCUCUGUACAGGGCCUGCCACCCUAUAAUGCCUGCUGCUUCCUUAUCUGUGUUGCACUCUCCUGAUACUGUGCAGAAAACUAACCAGUUUCUCCAAGCCAAAAGUCUCAAAACUUCAUUGACUUCAAAAGAGAAUGGAGGCAGUAAGGAGCCCUAUAGACCAGAGUUUCCCAAAACAAAGGGGCUUGUCCGCUCUCUGACUGAGCAGUUCCAGAGGAUGCAAAGUGUAUCCACAAGAGAUGGUACAGGUUCCCAGGAUAGAAGUUUGCCAAAUACUCUGAGGAAGAACCUUUCUGAUUGUAAGCCUCCUUUCCCACAGGAUGAAGGAAAAGGCCAUUGGCCUUGGGCAAAACAGCAACCCUCUCUGGAUAGUAGGGACAGAUUGCCUUCCUGGGAAGAACCUACUGAUCAUUCUUCUCUUGCUAUGAACUCUGGUCUUCUUAAUGGUGAAACUUCUAGGGAAGAACAACCCAGGUUGACAGAGCCAGGUAUGUACCAAGGGAAGCUGUCCCAAGUGAGAGAUGCUAGGCCUAAGGAACUGGGCAGCUGUGUCAACCUUGGAACUUCCUUGCCCUUGGAUUCCUGGGUGAAUGUCACAAGACUCUGUGAUUCUCAACUUAAACAUGGGGUCCCUGGGCCAGGAAUGAAGUCCUCCUCCCAUGAUUCCCAUACUUGUGUAAACUAUCCAGAAAGAAACCACAUCCUUUUGCAUCCACACUGGAACCAAGACACAGAACAGGAGACCUCAGAACUGGAAUCUCUCUACCAGACCAGUCUUCAGGCUUCUCAAGCUGGCUGUUCUGGAUGGGGGCAGCAGGAUGUGGUCUGGUAUCCACCUUGCCAAACAGGCUCUGCAGAUGGCAUGGGGAGGAGAUUGCACUCAGCCCCUGGCCUUGGUCUCUCAAAGACUCCAACAGCAGAAAUGGAGCACAGUCUCCAUGAAGCAAGCACAGUGCCUGCUUCUCAGGAUUCAUCAAACACGAGGAAAAAACCUUUGGAAACCGGGCAUCGUUGUUCCAGCUCCUCUUCCCUCCCUGUUACCCAUGAUCCUCCUGUGUUUCUCCUUGGUUCCCAACUCUACCCACCCCAACCACAGUUCCUGUCCCCAGAUGUCUUGAUGCCCAGCAUGGCAGGGGAGCCCCAUAGACCCCCAGGAACUUCAAGGAGUGUCCAGCAGUUUUUGGCUCUGUGUGACAGGGGUGAAACUUCCCAAGGGGUCAAGUACACAGGAAGGACUUUGAGCUACCGGAGUCUCCCCCAUCGUUCCAGAGCAGAUGCAUCCUGGGGACAAUGGUCAGAGACCAACCAGCAUAUUGGGGCCCGAUUCCUGACUACUCCAGGAUGCAAGCCUCAACUAACCCACACUGCCACAUUAUCAGAAAGACACCAGGGCUAUCAGGUUCCUCAUGCUCAGUCCUUCAGGGAGCUUUUCCAAUCACCUUCCCAUUCCCCCAUUGUUUACCCUGUGUCCCCACCAUUAGGUAGUCUUAGUGUACCCCUGAGAUCAGGUUGGAAUUCAGGUACUAUUCCAGGGUCUCAAGCAUCAGGUCCUCGAAGAGUAGAUAUGCCCCCAGAUGAUGACUGGAGGCAAAGCAGUUAUGCCCUACAAUCUAGGCAAAGGAGGACACGAGGAGAGGAGUUUCUGUUUGUUAUAACAGAUGCCCCCAGAAGAGAACAGAUCAGGACAAAAGCCCUGCAGCACAGCAGGUGGUAAAGGUCACCCCUUUCCUUUCUUGGAGCCAGUUUUCUCUGUGAAACUGUACUGUAGCAGAUUUGGUAUCCUUCAUCCCUGCCAGGGUUGUGCUAGUUUAAUCUCAACAUAGUGUUGGCAGUUUCUCCUAGGGGUGCAAAGAACCUCUAAUGAGACCUGGCUCUUUGAGAAGGAAUAUUUGAAAUUCCAAUUUCCACUUACCUAAAAGGAAUUGGCUGCUGUUUAGGGUUUUAUUUGAAUCACUUUAAAGAUAAAUCCAUAUUAUUUUGGACAUUAGUCAUUUUUUAGGAUCUUAGGGUCACUGUUUUAUUCCUGGAUACUUUGUUCCCAUGUGAACCUGAACCCUCAACCUCUGCUCCCUAUUACAUUACCAACUUCUAUCCUUUGUUUUAUCUACCUAUCCUUAUUAUCUGACCUGACAUCCCCAAUACCCAUCCUAGAGGCAUAUGUAGUCCUAUGGUCAUGGUCUUGACUGCAUCAUUCAGGGCAGCCCACCUGCACAGGCAUUAUAGACUGUCAGCCUUCCCAGUGCCCCUAAACCUCAGGCCUAAAACACAGAGCUGCCAACAUAAUAUUUGCCCUUCUGAACAGGCAUACUAACAUACCCUCCUGCUCUCAGCAGCAGAGCCAUUACUGCCACUUUCUCGGUCGCUGUUGUAAACCCUGAGUCAGCUGAACUAUUUUAGGGCCAAACAUACUGUUUUUGUAAAGUAUUUUUCAUUAAUAAAUCUAUA